AUGUCCUCAUUGAAUCCGAGCUCGUCGCUGCCGUCGUCUCUAGAUGAGCUAUCCUACCAUGGAGCCUCCGCCCUUUACCUCCCCCUGGUCACCGUCGCAAACCCCCCGCACGAGGUCGCGGUGCAGGUCCACCCGACGAACAUAUCCAUGACCCUCGUCGAGAGCGUCGAUGACCUCGAGGCCCUCCACUGGUUCUGGGUCAAGCUGGGCCCGUCGCCAGUGACUAGGGCCUUGAUCGAUGCCCUCCCGGUGGUCUCUACGCCGGAGACGGGCCUGGAGUGCUCGAUCUGCGUGGUGGAGUACGAGAUCAACGCAGCAGUCAAGGAGAUGUCGUGCAGCAACCGGUUCCACCGCAGCUGCAUUUACAUGUCAGGGGAUCCUAAUGUUUAG